AAUACCCGACAGCCAAUGAACGGGCAGGGGAAGGACAAGGGACCAGCUGAACUUAGAAGAAGUGGAGAUGCCCUGGCGAUUCUCUCUGCUUGCCAAACUGCUGCAGAGUCGCUAACGCUGGUUUUCUUGUGUGCACUGGACGCUGCAGCCACGCUGAUUCUGGCGCCAAGUUUCUAGUGCUGUUGCCAAAAUGGUGAUUAAAGUAUUUGUGGCAACGUCCUCAGGGUCGACGGCGAUUAAAAAGAAACAGCAAGAAGUAGUAGGCUUUUUAGAGGCCAACAGAAUUGACUUUAAGGAAAUGGACAUAGCCUGUGAUGAAGACAAUCGGAAAUGGAUGAGAGAAAAUGUUCCAGGUGAAAAGAAGCCACAAAAUGGGAUUCCUCUCCCUCCCCAAAUAUUCAAUGAGGAACAGUAUUGUGGGGAUUUUGAUUCUUUUUUCUAUGCAAAAGAAGAAAAUUAUAUUUAUUCAUUCCUAGGACUUGCUCCUCCACCAGGCUCAAUGGAAGGGAGGAUUACAGAGGAGGUACUGACUGUGCCAAAUGGGGAUAUUUCUGGAGAAGAGAUCAAAAUUGCGGAGGAGACUGAAAAAUGUUCAGUUACUGAAGAAAAUGAGAUACAAGCAGAAGAUGAGGUUGGGGCCCCGCCUGAGACUGAGGGUGAAGCUGAGGCUGAGACUACUGAAGCACAGGGACAAGAUGAAGAGCAGCCAGCAACAGAAGAAGUAGAAGCAGCAGAGGAGGAAGAAGAGGAAAAAAUGGAAGAAAAAGAAGAAAAAGAAGGGGAAGGGGAAGAAGAAGAGGAAGAAGAAGAGGAAUCUUAGUACAUUUGUUUGCUACUUUUUCUUCAGCAGAUGUUUCAGGAACUGGGAACUGACGAUAUCACUGCAGAGUGAAGACAACAAUCACUUUCCCUCCACAAAAACAUUACUGUUUUUCUACGCAACUCCAGAUAUCAGCACAGAUAUAAUUUGAGACAUUAAGCAGCUCCAAAUGUGAACUUUCUACAUAAAUUUUGUUGCUUUGGUGUAUAUAUACAGUUGUUUCUUCUAUUCUGCCUUGGAGUCCAGUGGGGCUUCAGAUCUUGAUGAUCAACAAGCAUUAUGAGAUUGGCUUUAGGAUAUGUAGUUCCUCUGAGCAGGGAUUAGUUCAGACUCCAUAUUGGUUUCCUGAAAGGUACAUACUAGAAUGGCCAGGCCGUUCUCCAGUGGAAAACCCCAAAGAAUGUUUUCAAUGUAUGUGCCACAUUUUGCUGAUCUCUUAAAUAGCCGUAUAAUAUACAGCAACUGAAAUAAACCCAUUUCAUGCCAAUGG